GAUUGGUUGAGGAGCGGACUCCUCGUCUCGGUGCGCGCGAGGCGGAGAAGAGGGCAAGGAGUGGGCAGAGGCCUCUGCGGGUGUCCCCUGCAAUCCCGUCCGGCCCGAUCCUUCGGGCCGCGCGCCUCGGGUUCCGGGGCUGCAAUCUGUAUGCCUGUGUCUGUUGCGGCCGCUGAAGGGGAGCUCGCCGUCCGCGUUGGCUGCUGCUGCUGCUGCCAUGGAGAAAAGAGGCGGCGACGGCGGCGGCGGGAGGGGGUGAUCCGACCGGGCCCCCUUUUCCUUCCUGGCCCCCUUCCCUCUCUCUGCCCCCCGCCCCUGCCCGCGAGCCUCGCCCCCCGAUGAGACUCUGCCUGGCCUGGCUGGGCUGCUACACCCUGUCUCUGUGGGUGCUGAGGAAGAGGAUGUGGGCUGGCCCUGCCAGGUAUCUCCGGAGCCCUUUAUCCAGGUCUCUCUACGCCAACAUGAUGGGCAGCCACAGCCAGACGGAGCCGGGCCUCAAGGAGAACCACCAGUGGUACUUGUGCAAUACGGAACAGCUGUGUGAGUCCCUUCAGCCAGUCUUCGUCCAGAGCUACCUUGACCAAGGAACGCAGAUCUUCUUAAACAACAGCAUUGAGAAAUCCGGCUGGCUGUUCAUUCAGCUUUAUCACUCCUUUGUGUCCUCUGUUUUUAGCCUCUUUAUGUCUAGGACGUCUAUCAAUGGGUUGCUUGGAAGAGGUUCGAUGUUUGUCUUUUCACCAGAGCAAUUUCAGAGACUGCUUAAAAUAAAUCCAGACUGGAAAUCCCGUCGGCUUCUUGACUUGGGAGCUGGAGAUGGAGAGGUGACAAAAGUCAUGAGCCCCCACUUUGAAGAAAUAUAUGCUACCGAAUUGUCUGAAACCAUGAUAUGGCAGCUGCAGAAAAAGAAAUACAGAGUGCUCGGAAUCAAUGAAUGGCAAAACACAGGAUUCCAGUACGACGUCAUCAGCUGCUUGAAUCUGCUCGAUCGCUGCGAUCAGCCAUUGACUGUAUUAAAAGAUAUUAGAAGUGUACUGGAGCCUACGAGAGGCAGGGUCAUCUUAGCCCUGGUUCUUCCCUUUCAUCCAUAUGUGGAAAAUGUAGGUGGCAAAUGGGACAAGCCUUCUGAAGUGUUGGAAAUCAAAGGACAGACCUGGGAGGAACAAGUGAGCAGCCUGCCGGAGGUUUUCCGAAAAGCCGGUUUUGCCAUUGAGGCUUUCACUAGACUGCCCUACUUGUGUGAAGGGGACAUGUACAAUGACUUCUAUGUCUUGGAUGAUGCCGUCUUUGUCCUCAAGCCCGUGUGAAUGCAUCCCCCUGGUCAAACCCAAGAAGCAGCCUGUGAAUGAAGCGUUUUUGAUUCUCUCUCUCUCUCUCUUUUUUUUAAUUAAUUGCAAGAAGGAAGGAAGGAAUGAGUUUUUUUUUUCUUUUAGUGGUUGUCAUUCUAAAUCAACAUCAUGUAUGACGUCUAAAAGGUCAAAAUACUAAUUUCUUUGUAGUAUGUAAAAGAAAAAGACUUUUUUUAAAAAAAGGCAGAACUAUUCCAUUGUUGAUUUCUUAACCCACUCCCCUACAAUGUACCUGCAAUCCAACAAUAAAUCAAAAGAUAUUUUUUAUACCUAAUGACAGUAGGACUCAUGAUCCAGCAACACCCAGAGUACUGCACCAAUGGAUAACAAUUCAGCUGGGUUUUUUAUUAUUAUUAUUUUUAAGUUCAUCAGAAGACCAUGCUGGCAAUAAAGAAGUCCAUACUAUAUACAACAAAACUGGGUGGUCAGAAUGGACUUUUCUUCCAUGUUUAAUGACAUUAUUUUAUCUGUCAGUCUUCAGCACAUGUUUUUAAUCAUGCUAAUAAAAACCUUUUUUGAGAUGA